AAACUGCUUGUUUUUGUUUGGCUACGAGACGGACGAAAACUAAUUAAUGUGCUGCACAUAUAAUAUCAUCAAAACUAUUUGAUAAUGCCAAAACCAACGUGUACACAAUGUAACACUAACGACUCUCUACUUUGGAGGAGCGGCGAGAACGGACAGAUAUGCAAUGAGUGCCACUUAGCAAACACCAGCUCCAAGGAAGCGAAGCCAGAUGUAACUGUUAAAACUGAAGUCGAUGAUAAGAAGGAGGAUAAAGAAGAGACUGAGAGUAAAAACGGGAAGAACGAUGUGGAGUCUACGCCUGCUAAAGCUACUGGAAAAGGCACAAGGAAGAGUACGCGCGCUACUCGUUACAAGCCCAAGACACCGGCGCCAACUCCCGCCAAGCCGCCUGCACCGCGCGGCCGCGGUCGCAGAAGCAUCUUCAAGAGGCAGCCAGUCAAAGCGCCAACUGCCACCGCUACAGUGGUUACGAGUGACUCUGUUUUCUACAAGGGAAUGUACAUGCAAGUGGGUGAUAUAGUAUCUAUGAUAGACCUUGAUGGAGGUAUCUACUAUGCACAAAUUCGUGGCUUCAUGACAGACCAGUAUUGUGAGAAGAGUGCUGUUAUCACAUGGCUAUUGCCUACCAAGGCCAGCCCUCCACCGGAGAAGGGAUUUGACCCUGCUACUUAUAUUCUUGGCCCAGAGGAAGAGCUAGCUCGUAAACUAGAUGUAAUGGAAUUUGUAAUGCACGCCCCAUCUGACUAUUAUAAAGCUACCAACAGCCCGUAUCCUCUCAUAGACAGCGAAGUUAACAACUACAGUGGAUUUAUAUGGACUUCACUCGAACCAAAAGAAAGGCCACAGAGCUAGAUCAAGAC